UGGGACCAUGUCACAAUGAGGAGUGACGUUCUGUCUGCCAUGGACAUUGGGGCCCGUGUCAUCCCUGAAGGACAGUUGCAGCAGCAUAUGGCCCCUGAAAAGUAUGGCUAUCGUGUCAAUUGGGUCCCAGGAUGUUUGCAUCCUGCAGUGGUUGAUGGCAAGGUGACGAUGGCAGCAAGACUGCAAUCAGGGCAUUGGCUCCCAUUGGGAUGGAUGCAUGCAGGCAUUGUGGAGCGUUGGCAGUUCCUCGUGGUUCUGGCACGUGUCUCAAUUUUCAAUGUGAAUGUAAAGGACCACGUCUUGGUGGUUGAACACGCAAAGCGGUGCUGGGAGAAGAUAAGGGAGGAGGAGCGUCAGAUGGUGUGCGCGGGUUAUGACUUCAUGGCUGACCAGGGGAUAUGCUCCAUGGUUGAGGGGAGUUGUACGGCCCAAGAGCACGGCGACUAUCAGAACAGAUACAUGGCUCGCAUUCGCCGCAGGCACGGUUGCAAGACCGUUCUUGGUUGGGUCCUGGUCGUAUAUUCCCUGACAUAUGAGCAUGAUGGAGACGUCACCAUGAGAUUCAGAGACCCGCUUGGUGUGUCUUUCCAUCUGACCUACUCAGAUGGACUCCUGCGAGACAUUCGGUAUGUGGCGGAGGAUGGCUUGCCAGGCUCAGCGCAGGCAGGCAAGAGGACAGAGAAGCGCUCAAAAAUUUCCCGUUUGUCUGCUGAGGUGGAGGGCCCAUGUGGUCCUGGUCGCGUCGAGGGGUGCUCUGCAGCACAGGGUGACAUGAGCGGGCCGAGCGAUAUGAGGGAGGUGCGUGCUUUGAUGGAGGCUGUCGAGGCGUACCUGGUCGCCAAUUUCGAUAACACCAACGAGGUGGUCAUCCAUUCGAAGAGGGUGACGAUCCAGAGAGAAGAGGAAGAAAGACAAACCGUACGCAUCAUGUCGAUGUCAGUAGCACAGGUGGAGGCUGCUCUUGCAGAGGUAAUGAAGUAUGCAAAGGAGGGCGUCCACUACAAUGGUGACAGCGAGUUGUCUUUGCUUCAGGACAGGGUGCCGAGGUACUUCAUAGUCGCUAUGGAUGUGAGAUCCACAAUCAUGGCAAACGGCGAGGGCUGUGUCAAAGCACGAACACUCUUGCAACACUUCAGAGAGUCACCACAUGUACGUGUGGACAACGAUGUGGAAGACAGUGCAUACAGUCUAAAAGGAGUGGUCCAGUGGAUCUGCAGCGAAGGGAUGUGCGAAGAAGAAGACGUGGACAUGACAAUGCAGCAGACAGGGGGGACAUAUACACCUGCGAACUUGGACAAGUUGCUGGACACUGUCGCACGGAAUGGGGGAAUGCUGGUUGAUGGGUCGAAGGACGAGUUGAAGAGUGGUGCUGCAGAAAUAUUGGUGUUGUCCAGAAUGAAGGACAUUACACAAACACCGCCAAAAGACUUUCAAGAUGUUCCUGUCAUUGUUGACUCCAUGAAAAAGAAUGACGACGACAGGAACGUCAUCCAUGAGGCGUUGCACGAAGUGAUAGAGUUUGCACUGCAGGGUCAAGAUCUGAUAGAAUUUGUGCCAGCAAGAACAGAAGUUAACAUCAUAUUUGGCAGACCGUUGUCGGGGGAGUUGUUAUCAGCUGCUUUGGAGCGGCUCGGUCUUGCAAGCUACGAUGUUGAGAGACAAAGAGAAAGAGAAGAAGAGUGGAAGAGGGGGAUUUCAAAGUUGAAAGAACGCAAUGAGUCACCCCCUGCGACUCCUGCCCCACGGAACCGUGCCAGCGACGUCGAGAACCGUCCACCCAAGGCCCCCGAGAAGAGGUCGCGGGAAGACGGAAUGUCAAAGGUGCACCGCAGGACAAAGAAGAAAAUCACAUACAAAAAGGACAGAAUGGUGGAGAUGAUCGAUCUGAAAGCCUCGGACGAUAUGCACAGUGCGGCCCGAGAGGAAGCAGAAGAGGAACACGACCAGUCCAUAUCAGAAAAGUAUGACAGGGAGAAGAACGAGGCAACAAGUGACGAGGGAGGUGACAGUGAAACUUCCGACGGACAUUCUCGCGAAACUCACGAUGCUGAUGACGAGGACGACAGGAGCAGCGACGGCACAACGCAGGACGAGGGCGGUGUCGGACAAAAUACCCUUACAAGGGUAUUUUGCCAUGUCUUUGCAUUUGACACAGUAACGACACCGGCUACCAUGACGGAGCCAGUCUGGAAUAAAGGGGGUGUGCACGCUUGGCGUGACACUGGGAGCAAAAUUUCUCAGCCACUGAGGCCGGGGCAGAAAUCGGUGAGAAAAUUUCCUGUGUGUGCUCGUUAUUAUGACGAGCGUCAUGGCGAUGAGGAUCGGUAGUAAUACCCCUCGACAGAAAGAGGUCGAAGGGUCAGUUGGGUUGAUGAUGUGUCACGUAGAUCUACGAUGCGCACUGAGACUUGG